CAAAACAAAUUGGUAAAUUAUUGUUGAAAGUUGAAUGAUACGGUUAUAUUUUGUCUGUAUGUAUGUCAAUGAUUACCAUUACGAAGCUUAUUUUAAAUUCAAGUUCUCAGAGAAGAAAAUAAAUCCAUAGGUUCCCAUUGUCCAGUAAAAAAUGUAGUUUCAAGUGGAAAAUAUAGAAUGAGUUGAAAGAAUAUCAUCAUAAUGCCAAGGCUAAGACGAAGUGAACUAUCCGCUCUCGUCUUUAUAGUACCAGCCAAUAUAUUCUACUCUAUAGCAGCCUUGACACAUGCCUGGUUUGAAAUCCCUCCCCAUAGCUGUUAUGGUUUGUGGUGGGCGAAAUUUUGUGACGUUUUACGAUGUCAGCUUAUUCCAGCAUUUUAUACAGAAGAACCAUCAUGGUAUCAUUUAGUUCAAUCAGUAAGUAUGGUAGCCUGGAUCUGUAUAGUAUUAUCAUUAAUCUCACUAGUGACUGGUCGGCUCGAUAAAUAUCUACCAAUCAAAUCAUCUGUUAGUAACAGACAGACCAGAGUUGCUGCAUUAUGCUUAGUAUCAGUGUUUGCAAUAUCAACUAGCCUGAUUCUGUUUUAUAUGAAGCUUAAAGAAUCUAGUCCAGAAAUUGAACCAGAAAUCUCAUGGUCAUCAAUUUUAGCCGCUCUUUCCUGUUUGUGUCAACUUUGUGCUGGACUUAUUCUCUUAAAGGCCUGUGAACUCUCGGUAUUUUGAUAAAGGUCAGGAUUUCUGUGUUUAAUGUUUUUCAUCAAAGAUGGCUUCCAUUGUUUGUACUAACUGUGAACAGAAACAUGAAGUGAUCCCAAUAUCAAUUCAAAAUUGAUACAGGAUAUGUUUUGGAUAUAAGAUUUCAUCUGUGAUCAACACUGUUUGAUUUGUAAAUUAAGGAUUAAUAUAUGAUUUGUAUGAGUAAAGUAAGCUAACUCACUGACAAGCUAAACUUGCUCACAUUUUCACUAUGUACUACAAGAAAUUUUUGUAAGGCUUCUAAAGAAAAACUGAAUGAAUAUAAAGUCAGUCCAAAGUCCAAAAUUAUUUUUAACAUAAAAUCUUACUAUUGCAAUUUUUAUGCAAUUUUCUCGAAUUUUUUUCAUUUUCUUUUGACACGUAAUUUGUUUUUGUUGUCAAACUUUAACAACGGCAGUAUUUCGCAGUCUAUAUUAUAUUAUAAUUGAAACUAUGUUACUAAACUAAAUUACCAAAAAGCACUAAAAAAGAAAGGUAUGCCGGCAAAAUAACGUUUUUGAAUUGUCCCUUUAUGUAAAGUAAUAGCUGUUCUGGAAUGUAGUCCCAAGUUGUAAAUAAAGGAAUUACUAUAUUUGUAAAUAUCAAGAAAAAUUUUAUGUAUCUUAAGAUUGUUUUGUAAUUUGCCGCUUGUAAGCUUAUAUUGCAAAGUUAGAAGUUCACAAAAAUGUUCUUAAAGGUCAAUUCCCAGCUGAGUCGCAAAGUUCGCACAAAAAAAAUAUCGUGAAUAAAAUGUUUUUUUGACUGGAUAAUCCAGACUAAGAAAGUUGAAUUGUAAGAAAUUGUUUGAUAUUGUUUGAUCACAUUGUGUUUAACAUUUAAAUCAUUUAAAUUUGAAUAUUACAGACAUCAGAUCUAUCUGGGAUACAACCUUUAAAUAAAAAGGAUCUGUGAAUUCUCUGGUUUACCACAGGGUUUUGGAAAUCCAAUUAGGGUAAAAAAAAAAUGUGUAUUACACACACAAUUAUGUAGUAUAUCACAAAACUCCUUGAAAGGAAAAAUUCAUUAAAGGGUAAAGAUAUUUUAUUAAAAUAUCUAUUUUUCAUUUUUAACAUAUUACCAAUCAACAUAAGGUGGCAGAUUUCUUUUUGAUUUUAAGAGCAUGGAUUUACAGGAGUUCGAUAAUGAACUUAAAAUAUUCAAAUAUAUACUAAGAAAAUACUGCUGAACUUUUUUUGAAGGAUUUCUUAAAAAAAAGAUUUACACACCCUUUUUAGAGUUGUCAUUUGUCUGGAGUAAGGGAAAGUCCAAAAUAACACAACAAAUUGGAAAACAAUACUGCUUCUCUUGAUAAGAUAAAAUUAUUGGUUCUUGCAGGUUAUUUUGUAAGCUGUUGACUGAUUACAUAGACACCUCAGACAUAAAAUACUAUAGCACUUGCUCUAACAAAAUAAUAUCAACUUGCACAUCCACAUUAAAAACUUACUGUCUGUCAUCACUUCUACAUUUACUACAGUUUGUAACAAAACAUAAACACUAAUAACCACUAGAUAAAAGUCAGCCUUCCACAAAAACGUGGCAAAUAAAUACUAAAAUCAUCAUUUCUAGUAUUCUCAUAAAAACAUUAAAAUUCAAUGAACGGCAAUAGAUUUUGCUUGGCAUCUGCUAAGAUUUGAAGCAGCAGUCAGGCUCUGAAAUGAUGCCCAAUGUAAAGAAACAUAUAACAUUAACAAGGAGUUAAUGCGCAUCAAAAUAGUGCCCAGAUAUCUCGAAGCAAAAACAAAUUUCUGAAUCCUCAGUCAAUGCUUUGUAAAAUCUGCUCUAGAUCAGCUCACUACUCCCUC